CGGGCGGAGGGAGGCAGCGGCCCCGGGAUGCCGCGGAGCUGACCGCGGGGGGGGGGGCCCCGGGCCAUGGCCUACCUGGGGGGGCCCCGGCUGCUGGACUGGGCCAGCUCCCCCCCCCACCUGCAGUUCAACCGCUUCGUGCUGACGGGCUACCGGCCGGCGAGCUCGGGCUCGGGCUGCCUGCGGAGCCUCUUCUACCUGCACAACGAGCUGGGCAACAUCUACACGCACGGCAUCCCCCUGUUGGGCUUCAUCUUCCUGCUGCCCCUCUCCAUCCCGUGGGCGCGGAUCUCGGUGGGCUGGCUGGCCGUGGUGCACUACCUGGCCUGCGUGGUGCCCCAGCUGGGCAGUGUACUCUACCAUCUCUUCAUGAACCACGAGGGGGGGCCGGCCGUCUACCACACCCUGCUGACCCUCGACAUGUGCGGAGUCUGCAUGGUCAACACGCUGGGUGCCCUUCCCAUCAUCUACUGCACCCUGGCCUGCUCCCCACUUCCCCGCACCGCCGCCCUGCUGGCCUACACGGCGCUGUCCAGCUACGCCAUCAUCUGCGCAGUGACGGCCCACUCCAACGUGCGGCGCCUGCGCUCCUUCGCCUGGCAGGCCCUCUUCCGCUUCUUCUUCUUCUACCUGCGCUGGGUGGGCCUGGGCACGGGCCACCCCUCCUCGCUGCGCUCGUACCUCAUCAUGGACGGCCUGGCCCUGCUGGGGGGCGUCAUCAACAUCUCCCGCGUGCCUGAGCGCUGGCAACCUGGCUGCUUCGACUACUGGUUCAACAGCCACCAGAUCAUGCACGUGCUGGUGGUGGUCAGCAUCCUCUACCUCCACUGGGGGGUGGUGGCCGACUUGCUGUGGGUCACCAGCUAUGCCUGCCCCCAGGACUGAUUGGGCCCGCCAGCCAGCGGGGGAUGGUGUGGUCUUAUGGCUGCACCCCUCCAGGUCACCGCACGAUGAAUUCCCGUUGGCCAAGGGGUCUUCUGGAUCCACUCCUGUUUGCUGUGGUGUCUUCUGGGUGGCCGGUGAUGGAUUCUCAUUGGCCAAGUUGUCUUCUUGAUCCAUUCAUGUUGGCCAAGAAUGGAUUCCCACUGGCAAAGGCAUCCUCUAGAGUCACUCCUGUUGGCCAACAAUGGAUUCUCCUUGGCCAAGGCACCUUCUACAGUCCUUUUGGCCAAGAGGUCUUCUGGAUGGCCAUUGAUGGAUUUCUGGUGGUUUUAGGGUCUUCUGGAUCAACUCCCAUUGGCUAAGGGGUCUUCUGAAUCACCAGAACAGGGCUCCCACUGGCUGAGUGUCAUUGUGGAUCACCAGGGUUGGAUUUCCAUGGUUGAGGGCUCUUCUCUGUUGCCAGCAAUGCACUUCCAUUAGCUAGACUCUGGAUAGACUCCCUUUGGCUGAUGAGGAUUCUUCUGGGUCACUAGCCACAGACUCCCAUUAACAAAGCUCCAGCCAGAUGCCCACUGUCCGUGGGUCAUUCUGGACCACUAGGGAUGGAUUUCUAUUGGCUGCGGUCCUUUGGAUCCUUCUGGAUCACCAGCAGUGCUCGUCCAUAGGGACUGGGGCAGGGUGGGGGCUGCAAGGGGGCAUUAUUUUGAGGAGAUGGGGGUGGAGCAGCCCCUCUCCCGCUUUAGACCUUUUAUCCAGGUAUCCUACAGACUUUCAGACACCAUGCAAUACUUUCUACUUUUUAAAGGGCUGACGAGGUGCCUGGAUGCUGGGGUUUGCACUGACCAGGGAUAGGGGGAGGCAGCCCAGGAGAAGCUGUGUGUUGGGUGGGAGAUAAGAGGGAGGUAUCAGUGUCUUAAGUUGACUCCCAACACUAAUGAGCUGGCCUGGGAGGGAGGCAGUGGAAUCUAGGAGCUACAGCAGGACUCCUGGGUUCUCUCCUGUUGCCAUCAUCCUUGGGCCAAGCGGCUUCAACCGCUUGUUCCUCAGUUUCCUGUUGCUCCCUGCUCUGAGGGUGGGGUGGGGGGUGUUUCCUGUUACCGAGUCCUGGUCUGCACGCUCUCCUCCUGCAGAGGAAGGAACAGGUAUUCCUCUUUCUGCAGCAGUCACGGCUCCUGGUGCAGUAACAGCCAGCGGGGGACUGUGUCCCCAUCAACCUGUUUUUAUACUACACGUCCCAUCUGCUGCUAACCCCAUGGUGCUCAGCGGGAGCCCCGGGCAUUAAGAGCGCCAGGGCUCCCCUUCCACCCUCUGCUGGCAUUGGGGUGUGCCUACUGUUCCCCUUCCCCUUACGUAACUUAGGGCCACUAAACACAGAGGCAGCUCUGGAUCAUUGUUUUCCAAUUCCUGUUCACUGGGCCCUGAAUAGCUAAUCUGGAUCCUGAGCAGGGAGGUGUGUGUGUGAAUGGAGCUAAUCUGGAUUCAGAAGUCACAGGUGUGGAAGUAGCUAAACUAGUUCUCAAUCUGGAUUCUAGUUGGCCACAUGCAUACAUAGCUAAACUCAUUCUCAGUCUGGAUUCCUGUCCAGAGGCCGGGUGUGAAUGUAGCUAAAAUUGUUCUUAAUCUGGAUUCCAAUUGCCCAAGUGUGAAUGAAGCUACACUGGUUCUCAAUUUGGAUUCCAGUUGGCUAUGUGUAAUGUAGCUAAACUCAUUCUCAGUCCUGAUUCCAGUCAUGAGGCUGCAUGUGUGAAUAUAGCUAAAGGGUUUCUCAAUUGGGAUUCCAGGUGGGAGGCCAUGUGUCAAUAUAGCCAAAUUGAAUUUUUAAUCCAAAUUCUAAUCUGGUUUUGCCAGGAAACAUAUAUGGGGCCAAGCUGGUUCUGAAGGUGGAGGCCAAUGUACAUAAGCAGUUCUUAAAUUCCAUCUUGUUCUCUGAUUGUUUUGCUCACUGUAAAUGGGGCCCUCUCAACCUCAUUCCUGGUAGGCAGCCACACUCGUUUAGAAACCAGUUCAGUAUUAGAAAUUUGCUUUGAAUUGCCAUGUAGACGAACUUAAGGAAGCAGUACAAAGGGUAGCAGAGGUCGAGGAGGACCAUGGGUGGACAAAAUGGACAACUGAGACAGCUGUGCUGUGCCAAGACAAGGAGUCAAGCAUCAAAGGGUAACCAGCCACAUAGCAUGAUGUGGAUUACAGCAGGGAGAGAUGAAAACUAGGACUCCUGGUUCUAUCUCUGCUCUGGGAGGCAUGCAGGUUCUAAUGGUUAGCGUUGGAGGCCUAGGAGUUAGGACUCCUAGGUUCUGUCCCCAGCUCUAGGAAGGGGAUAGGGUCAAAUGGCUUGGGGUGUGGGGAGAGAAGAGAUCAGGCCUUCUGGAUUCUGUGCCCCUGCUGUCCCACCCUGUAAAUGAGGCCAAAAGGAAACGUAGGAAGGGGGUUAUAGGUUGUGAACUGUUCUCCCACAUUGAAGGGAUGGCUGUAUUUCUCUGGCCUCCCUCAGAGGGGUGGUGUUGGGUGGGUUCUGCUCUUCCCUGCCCCACCAAAAUCCAGUCUUCGUUAUCUCAGGGCACAUGAACACAGGUAGUGUUCGUGGCUUCGUGCCGAAGCAACAUAUCUUUUUAAAUUAAAAAUGCAAAACUGAAAAGUAAGAGGGUAACAUCCACAUUGUGCAGGGGUGUGGGGAGCAGGGGGAUGGAGGUUCUUACGGGCCACAGCCUCCCACCAGCAUCCUGUUAGAUGGUAGCUCUAGGCUUCAAUAAAGCAGAGACAGAGCUCA